GAAUUAAGUCAAGAGGACUCUGCAGACCUUUUACCUUUACAAAAUUUCCUUGGCUUGGGGGAAAACUUAAGAGGCAAGCUUUGCCAUGGCUCUUUCUGGUAUCCUGACAGAAGCUGAAAUUGCUGCUGGCCUACAGAGCUGUCAAGCUGCUGAUUCCUUUGAUUACAAAACCUUUUUUGUCAAAGUGGGGCUCAACUCCAAGUCCAAAGAUGAACUGGCCAAAGUCUUUAGCAUUCUUGACCAGGACAGGAGUGGCUUUAUCGAGGAAGAGGAACUGAAACUUUUCCUGAAGAAUUUCUCUGCCAAUGCCAGAUCUCUGACUGAUGCUGAGACCAAGGCAUUCCUGGCAGCAGGGGAUAGUGAUGGAGACGGCAAAAUUGGAGUGGAUGAGUUUCAGGCUCUGGUGAAAUCUUAACAAGCAGUCAAGAUGAAGACCAAGAUAUCUGUGCCACAAACAAUCUUUCCUAUUGCAAGUCUACUAUUUAUUUACACAUGUUGUACCCUGGAAGGUCAUGAAAGACUGUUGGCAAGUGAUUUCAGAUGGUUGGAAAACAUCUAAAGUGGUGCAAGCACUACUUAAACCACGUUUUAAGCAGAAGGUCUAUACCAAUGGGAGACUGAACUGGAAUCCACUCUGCUCAUCUGCAUUUUGGGCAUUAAAGAUACAAAUAAAAAUUGUAAGAGGAAAAAAUUCGAAGCAUCUCUGUGGGCCAUUGAAUUUUCAAUA